AUUGUUCAGGUAUUGGCACUAUGUUCCUUCCUGUGUCUCUUGCGGACAUGCUGGGGAAAAGAAAUUGCUGCGCAAAAAUUCCAAAAACAAGAGAAACUUAUGGAGCCUCUUGAUUUUGUCUCCGACGAUCUUAAACAAGAGGGCACAGUUUGGCGACUAGGGCGACCGUGGAAUUUAUGGACAUGGGGUCGUUUAAUGUUAAACAAAGCCUUAGGACACUCUUCAGCCAAUUUCGAGAGUGAUUAUGAAGGACGAGCUGUUCAUCGUGACCGACCAAACGGCAUAUUGAAAAAUAACCUUAAGUUCUUUUUAAAAAUAAAACAAUUCGAUACAUAA